GCGAUCGACCAGACCUCUGUACACCGAAUCCAUUCGGGUCAAGUCAUCCUCAGCUUGGAAAACGCCGUCAAAGAGUUGCUCGAGAACAGCUUGGACGCGGGAGCGAACAUCAUCGAGAUUAGGAUCAAAGACAAUGGACUGGAUACCAUCGAAGUCAUCGAUAACGGGUCCGGGAUAGCCGAACCCGAUUGGGCCUCUUUGGCGCUGAAACACCACACCUCGAAGCUCUCCUCCUCUUCUUAUUCGACACCUCCUAUACAAACUCAACCCGAUCUCACCCAGAUAACGACCUUUGGAUUUCGAGGAGAAGCCCUCUCCGCCCUCUGUGGCCUAUGCGAAAAGGUCGAAGUCGUAACCUGUACUCAGGAAAUGAAAGGUCUCGGUCGGAUCCUUCAGUUCGACCGGGAAGGCCAACUAGUGGACGAUUCUGGAAAACAAGCUCGUCAGCGUGGGACGACGGUGGUGCUUCACAAAUUGUUCCAUCCGUUACCGGUCAGGAGGAAGGAGUUUGAGAGGAAUGCGAAAAAGGAGUUUGCCAAGGCGCUGGGGACAUUGACGGGGUAUGGGUUGGUUCCUUGUUCGGGGGGAAGAGCUGGGACGAAACGGGGGGUGAGGUUGAUCGUGGACGGGGUCAACAAGGCUGGUAAACGCAUCAAUCACCUCCGGACAACGGGUACCUCCACCCUUUCCUCCUCUAUAACUUCGCUCUUCGGUCCCAAGUUACUACAAACACUGCUUCCGAUAGACCUCCCCUUGUCAGUUGAUAUAGACAGGACCAUGGCGAAACGCGAAGGCCUGGAUGUGGAUACAAAAUUGAAGGUCAGGGCCGUCGGGAUGAUUUCAAAGGCCGAGGGAGGGAUGGGAAGGACGGGUGGGGGCGGGCAGUAUUGGUACUUGAAUGGCAGACCGUUCAACCCCGGCAAGAUUGCUAGAGCGGUCAAUGAUACCUACAGAUCAUAUAACUCCUCUCAGACCCCGUUCGUCGUCCUCGAUUUCAAGGUCCCCAAGGAUUCGGUCGAUAUCAACGUCAGCCCGGACAAGAAGACGAUCUACCUGCAUAGCGAGGCGAACUUGAUACAGAGUCUCGUGGUGAGCCGGGUUCUCUCUCAACCUUCGGGGCGCAUCGAUCUAACUAUGGAGUUAGACUCAGUCCCGGCGGCGAUUUCCUCUGUUGGCCAAAACAAUGAAGCACCUCUCAAACGAAAAGAUCCUGAGCUGGCAUGGUCGUUAAGCCCAGAACCUAGGAAACGGACGAGAAGCACCCGUUCCGUCUCUCCUGAUUCGCUUACUUCGGAGGAUGAUGAGUUGAUGGGUUCGCAAUCGGAUUCCGAGAGCGUGGCUCGUCCUGAUAGCGGCGUCGUUCGGGCUGUGUCCAUCUCGGAUAGCGACGACGAGGAACAGCCGAAAUCAGGCAAGACGGAUCUGGUUCAACCUACCUUGACUGGGUUGGGAGCCCGCUGGAAGUUGACUCGUCAGCGAGACGACACAGGAGACGCUCGAGGUGCCUCCGCAGUCAAGCCGACCAAACGGGAUGCGAAGCUUUCCUUUCGCGAUAGGUUGGCCGGAUUCGCUAGUCAGCAGGCGAAAGUCGAUACGACAAUAGCGGACAGCGAUUCCGAGGAAGGGGACGUGGAGCAGGAAGAUGUGUCUCGGAUCACCAGAACCGUCGAAGUUGAUCUGCCCGAUAUGGCAGGGCGGAACGAGCCCAAUUCAGAAGGGAUCGAUAUGGAUAUCGAGGAAAUGCUCGAGGACGAGGAUGAGACGCCACACGAGAAUGUGAUUAGCACCAACGAUCUGCCGGGAAUCGGUCGUCCGUCGAGAGCUAGCGGGAUUGACGUGCAAGGCGAGACGCAAGAUCCCAUCCAGUACAUCGCGGAUACCUCGAUAGCACCCGAUGAAACGGAGAAGCGUCGCGUUUUUCGAGACGAGAUUGCGACUCGUGCUAGUAAGCGGGAGGUGGUCAUCUCCUGCGACAUGGACCGUAUCAGGAAAUUUUAUAAGAAGGCUCGCCAGAGCGGUCUGUCAGGCAAGAAGAAACAUUCUGCCGCGGCCAAGAGCCGUACAAGCGAGUUGUUACCGGCAGCAGGGGUUUCGAACCAGGAUUCAACCGAGGUCGACCGAACGUUGUCUCGGGUGAUCAAGAAACAGGACUUUGCUGGUAUGCAAAUUAUAGGACAAUAUAACAAGGCUUUCAUCAUCGCCCGAAGGCAAGGUGAUACGGACGACGGAGAGGCUUUCUCCGACGACCUCUUCAUCAUAGACCAACAUGCGGCUGACGAGAAGUACAAUUUCGAAACACUUCAAGCGAUUACUAAGAUCCAGUCUCAACGCCUUUUACAACCAAAGAAGCUCGACCUCACUGCUGCCGACGAAAUUACCGUGAUGGAGCAUCUCGAUAUUUUCGCCUCGAACGGCUUCGGCAUUACAGUCGACGAGAGUGCCCCUUAUGGUCAAGGCGAAAAGAUCCGCUUGAUCGCAAUGCCAGUCAGCAAGGACACGGUUUUCGAUGAGAAAGAUCUGAAAGAGUUGAUCUUCCUGCUGCAAGAGCAAUAUAUCGGGACCAUGGUUCGGUGCAAGAAAGCGCGAGCCAUGUUCGCCUCGAGGGCUUGCCGUAAGAGCGUCAUGUUCGGGCAUGCACUCAACGCGAAGCAGAUGGAAUCAGUGACGAGGCAUAUGGGCGAGAUCGAACAUCCAUGGAACUGCCCUCAUGGUCGCCCAACCAUGCGCCACCUCGUCAAUAUGCAGCGCUUCACUACUACCGAGGAUACAACAGAAGUGGAUUAUCUACAGGAGCCUAUCGACUGGAAAGCGAUCGCGUCAUUACCAUCCACAUGA